CACAGCGUCUAGUCCGUUAACACGAAGAAGUUAACGGACGCGAACAGUGCCAAAGAGUAAUUAACACGUUAGCCUUUUUAUUGUUGUUAUUUAAACGGUUAUUAACACUCUGGAAUUCAAAAUGUGACUAAUUUAACUGCAAAGUAUCAAAUACUUACCGGCUAUAGUGUUUAAUUCGCGUUGGAGACAGGACUUGGUUGAUAUAUGUUAUCUAGGUAACGCUAGUUGUCGAGCUGCUAACAAUGGCUAACUCUAACUGUGUGGUUUUCCACACUCAAAUAGCCUCCAUAAUGGAGGUGUUAGCGAAUGCAGCCGUGGCAGAGAUCUGUAAACUCGUAGACGACGACUAUGCAGUGUUUCGUUUAGAAAUAACUCAAAGCCAGAAAGAAAACAGGGCAUUACGGAGGAAACUACUGGAAGUUAAGGUGGCACGGGAGCGCGCAGAGAGGACAUUGCGGGAGCGUGUCGUCGCUGGUCGUCCCAGUAGUGUCAAGAUCCUCGACCGAUACAGAGGAAUGGCAAGAGGUGAAGGACAUCUCACUGGAGGCCACAGGAGCUUUGUGAAGUCAGCGGGACGCAAUACAUGGAGAGAUGACCAACCAAUCACUGUUGGGGAGGGGAGUGGAACCUCAACCCAGCACGUUAUCAUGAUAGAGUCUGCAGAGGCUGCAGGUCCUGGAGGAUCAUCUGCGGUCAAGCAGGAGAGGACUGAAGGAGAGGAGAACCCACAACAGAGCAGAGACAUCGAGACUGGAACAGCGGCUGUACUAGUGCCCCCUGCAGCCACGGAUCACCUAUCCACUGCUGCGCCCCAGCCCAGGACGCGAUGCAGCAUGGUGGAGGUCAGUGGAACUCCGAAUGCCGCCCUCAAGUCAGAGAUGAACACAGAGACUUUAGUUGUAACACAGAGGCUUUUACACACAGGAUCUGACCACAGGCCAGACCCAGAGAGUCUGGGGCUGGGGAGACUGGUCUGUCCACCUGCUACCGGAUCAGAGUAUUUACUUUACAGUAAUCCGAGACCGAGGACUGUUCAUUCCCAUCGGGACUCAGGUGACACGUUAGAGACUGGCAAUGAUCCGUCUUGUUCUUACUCUACAGAGGUGGACCAUGGCAACAUGCCCUUGGAUUUGGAGACACAGACUGAUCUGUCUAGAGCGGACUGGAACCCCUACAGUAGUAGUGUAUACUCUGAAGGGUGCCUAGAUAAGAAAGGGGAGGUUAUAGUGGUAGAUGAAGUGACUGUGAAAGUGGAGGGCGACGCUCUUCUGGCAUGGAAUGUAGACGAGGCUCACUUAGGAGAAGGACACUCACAUGGCAGAGAUUUCUUAGAUUACAGGGGAAGCUUAAAGACAAAUCUAAAUGUCCCGACUCACUCCCCUUUACACGCGUUCAGGGAUCGCGACCCAGUGUCCACAUCAAUGGCACCUUCCGAUUCACAUGGCCGCGUCUUUUUCGAUCAGGUAUUGAACUCAAACGACAUGGCCAGAGCUCAGGGAGGGGGAGCCACAUCAGGCAAUAGUAAAGAGAAACAGUUCCUCUGCAUGUUCUGUAACAAAGGCUUCACCUGCCCUCAGAAGGUGGAGAUCCACCAGAGGGUCCACACAGGAGUGAAACCCUUCAGCUGUACCCAGUGUCACAUGCGCUUCGCCCUGGCUGGCAACCUGAAGAGACACCAGAUGGUCCACACAGGGGAGAAACCCUUCAGCUGCCCCCAGUGUGAGAAGAGGUUCUCCCAGGCUGGUGACCUGAAGAGGCACCAGAGGGUCCACACAGGGGAGAAACCCUUCAGCUGUACCCAGUGUCACAUGCGCUUCGCCUUGGCUGGCAACCUGAAGAUGCACCUGAAGGUCCACACGGGAGAAAAGCCGUUUGCCUGUACACACUGCGGGAAGAGGUUCUCCGAGAGGAGCUACCUCAGUAUACACCAGCAGAAAAACCAUUCCACUCUAUAACAUAGAAAGUAACCAUUCCACUCGAUAUCCUCUGACGUUUAGAUGAAACCCUGCACAAAGACAAAUAGAUUGAUAUUGUUGUCAGCGGAAAAUAUCCACAGAUUCAUUUAGAAUAACGAGUGUAACAGAUUUCAGUGUUGAAUAUUGCAUCCAGGCAUUGUGUGAUACACACGGAGUGUAUGAAACAGUAAGAACACCUUCCUAAUAUUGAGUCGUACCACCCCCUUUUGCCCUCAGCACAGACUCAAUUCGUCAGGGACAUGGACUUUACAAGAUGUCGAAAGCAUCUCCAUUGCCUCCCACAUUUGUGUCAAGUUCCUUUGUGUUGGACUAUUCUUGAUACACACGAGAAACUGUUGAGCUUGAAAAACCCAGCAGCAUUCCAGUUCUUGACACAAACCAGUGCCCCUACUACCAUCCCCCGUUUUAAAGGCACUUAAAUAUUUUCUCUUGCCCAAUAACCCUCUGAAUGGUACACAUACACAAUCCCUGUCUCAAUUGCCUCAAGGCUUAAAAUUCCUUUAACCUGUCUCCUCCCCUUCAUCGACAUUGAUUGAAGUGGAUUUAACAAGUUACAACAAUAAGGGAUCAUAGCUUUCAGCAUAUAUAUAUAUAUAUAGAUAUAUAUAUAGAUAGAUAGAUAAGCCUAAAAAGUCUGUUACAUAUUGUGUUUCUACUGUGUAGGCAGGCCAGUGGUCACCAAUCGUUCAAUCGACCUGUCAGUCUCCAAGGCAUUUCUAGUCGAUCGCCAAACAUUUCUAUAUAAAGCCUUGUGUUCCUAUUUUUUUUUAAAUUGGUCUCGGGCUGUUGGUGGUAGCCAAUUCAGCUACCCUGCGUGCCGGGUAGGCAAACUGUUGCCAUUUCAUGUGUCUGAAGGUACAAACUCUGGAGAGGAAAUCAAGUGCACUAUGCUACCGCUGGCCAAUCAGAAUGCUCAGAUGACAGAGUCUGCAGUAACGUAGCAGGCAUGAAAGAAAGCUAUGACAGAAUUGAUACUGUGAGAUUUCAAAACGUUUAAAACCAUGACUAGAGAGAGACUGUCAACGAACACAGCAAAGAGCUGCUGUUUUUAUGAGUGAGUUCAUGUUUAAGUUCUUACUCAGAACUGUCAACACUUUGUAUUUCACACUUUUAUAAACCAUAUAAUGCACGUUCUUCCUAUUUCCACUCAGCGCUACAACAAGCAGUGCAGCAGUGAUGAAUGAGGAGGAAAGUGUCUCUAUAAGCCUUGUUAAUUCUUAGUGGCUUGGGUCUUUUUUAAUAUCAAGGAAUAUUUCACUUCUCUGUUCAUAGCAGUAACAACAUGAGUUUGUGCACGAGGCAGAAAUAAUGUAGUGCGACUCAAGUUUCGCCAUCAGCUGGAAGACGGUGUCCCUUUAUGGUCAGUGUCAGUGGAGGGGAGGAAAGGGAGAGAGGAGGGAUGUGAGAGACGGACCCUCAGUCUGCUGCUCUCUCCCUCCGCUGCGACUGACCAUCAGAUGCAGGCACCAGCAGCCCAGUAAAAUAAAAAGCAAAUUAUUUAAAUGUAUGCUCACUCAGCUGUCCCUCACAAGUAAUACAACAAUGGAUCUAUUACCGGUGUGAUCAUAUAGCCUACCUCAAAUUUUGAAAUAUAAAUACAGAAAAUGUCCCAAACAACAAUGCAUUGGCAGGUAAAUUGAAGCAAAGCCAAGUAUGCUGUGAUAAUGUAUUGGGCCUUUAGCUUACUGCACAAACCUCAUUGCUACAGUACUGUUUUUAAUUGGUUAAUGUUGCAUAGGCUUACAUUUAAGUCAUGUUAUUUAAAAAAUCAGAGCGGUAGAUCUCGGCAAUACAUUUUGACUCAAACGGUGUAGGCUAUAUGAUGUUCACAAAUGCCUAUUUCAUUACUUCCAUUCACGUACUUUAUUUCCCCCCCAAAAAAACUCCAUAGUCCUUGCCGAUGAUAAGCAUAUCCAUAACAUGAAGCAGCCGCCACCAUGCUUGAAAAUAUAAAGAGUGGUAAUCAGUGACGUGUUGUUGGAUUUGCCCCAAACUAAACGCUUUGUAUUCAGGACAAAAAGUUAAUUUCUUUGCCAAAUCUUUUGCAGCAUUAAUGAAGUGCCAUGUUGCAAACAGGA